AUUUGUCCAAUAAAGUGCCUUUUGGGAUUUCACCAGCCUCGGCUUAGUUGGCGUUACAUUUAUUGAUGACUGUUGCGAGGCCGCUUUAUUGGCGUUUAAUCGGUUUAUUGUAAUUGAAACAAGUUUUUUGUGUGUGUGAAAGUAAAGUAAAUAAUAAUGGCCGGCCAGCUGUUGGAAGCGACGGUGAUGGUGGAGAGCCUGAGGGUGACCGAGCUGCGGUCUCUCCUCUCCGUUAUGGGAAAGGACAAGAGAGGGCUGAAGAAGGAUCUAGUGCAGAGAGCCAUCGAGCUCCUCCAUAACAACUUCCAUCCAGAGCUUUUCUCUGCUAUCCAGGAGCUCUAUGACCACCGUCACUACACUGUCAAAGCCAACAGUAGACGCUCCCAGGUUAUCACCAUGCCAACUGCUGUAGAGGUGGCGACUGAUCAUCCCAAGGAAUUCUGUGGGCCAGUUCCUAAACCUGAAGUGCACAUGAUCAAGCUUCCAUUCUAUCAAAUUCUGGAGACCAUCAUUGCUCCUGUAUCUCUAGUGCCCACAUUUGCAACUAUUCCACAGACCAACGUCAUCACGUUUUCUCUGACUAGAACACAAUCAGCUCAGAUCAAGAACCGUCAGACCAAAGCUGGAAUGACGUCCAUUCAAGUGGUGCUCAGAAUUUGCUACACAGAGAGUAUUGGUGUCGAAGAUGAUCAGUAUCCACCAAAUAUUACUGUUGUGGUUAAUGGCCAUCCCUGUCCUGUACAGGCUCACUACUCUUCCAGUGAAAAAGGAUUGGAGCCUUCUCAACCUUGUCGUCCAAUCAAUCUCACACCAUUUGUGAAACAGACCACUAUGAAUCGUGUUGUUGUCUUCUGGGAUAACUUUGGCAAGUUUUAUUCUAUGGCUAUAUAUCUGGUGAAGGUGUUCUCUUCAGCAGAUUUGUUGACACAGCUCCAGACAAAUGGAGUGGAGAGUGUAGAAUGCUGCAGACAAAAGGUUUGCGAGAAGCUGGGCAGUAAUCCUGAGAAUGAGAUCGCCACCACAGGGCUGCAAGUGUCCCUUACCUGUCCUCUGGCAAAAAUGCGCAUGUCUACCCCCUGUCGAGCGCAGACAUGUGCCCACCUGCAGUGUUUCGAUGCAGCCUUCUACCUGCAGAUGAACGAGAGGAAGCCUACAUGGACUUGUCCUGUCUGCCAUAAGCCUGCCCUCUUUGACACUCUACAGAUCGAUGGUUUGCUGAGUAGCAUACUCCAGUGCGCAGACAAGGACUUGAAGGAGAUUGAGUACCUGUCUAAUGGCUCUUGGAGAGCAGUGGGAAAGGAAAAAGAGCGCAGCAAAGCCACAGAUCUCUCCUCACUCAGCCACAGUAAGGCCUGCUUCAUCUUAAAGGGGAAGUCUGUAAUGUGUAAAAGUGUUUCUAGACCUGUAAUAAACAUAACAUUUCGCUCUGUUUACAGAUUAUACUAGCUGCUUUGUUUUUCUCAGCUCAGUCCUUUUUUUCCGCCAGACAUACAACGUUUUUUUUUUUUUUUUUGUUAAUGUUUUCCGAGAUAGCAGAGAGCUCUAAAAAAUGACAAACAGCUCCUUUAAGAUUCUAAACUAAUGAUAUGUCUCAGCCUUGGACCACAAUUCAAUUCUGAAAUGACUUUAUCUAGCACAUUUGUUUUUGAUGGUAUAAAUUUUAGGAAUUGAAGUUGUUUUGAUUCAUUAGAUUUUUCUGUUUAACAAUUGCUCUACAGAGAAUUCUGCGGUACGAGAUGUUGUGGAUCUAACUCAGUGCUCAUCUGACAGUGAGGAUGGUGGUGAGGCCAGGCAGACAGAAGAGAUUGUUUUGACACAUGUAAAAAAUGAAAGUGUGCUUCUCCAAAGGCAACAUUCCUGUGAAGAGAUGAGUGACGCCUGGCAAAUUAUGUAUUUUUGUAGUUCUUAAAUUAUAUUCCUUCUAAACUCCAGUAUUAUGUAUACUGUACAUGUUCAUUUCUUACUGUUCUGUUUGUUUCUCUUUUUAUUUACUCAAACUGCCAAACAGGUUAAAUAAAGGUUUGUUUUUAUAUCUGUAUGGGUGUUUAUUUUUCCCUUUUUCUUUAUUGAUGGAACAAAAAUGCACUGAUCAGCCAUAACAUUAAAACCACUGACAGGUGAUGUGAAUAACAUUGAUUAUCUCAUUACAAUGGCACCUGUCAAGGGGUGGGAUAUGUUACGCAGCAAGUGAACAGUCAGUACUCAAAGGUGAUGUGUUGGAAGCAGGAAAAAUGGGUGAGAGUAAGAUCAAGCGACUUUGACAAGGGCCAAAUUGUGAUGGCUAGACAACUGGGUCAGAGCAUCUCCAAAAUGGCAGGUCUUGUGGGGUGUUCCUGGUGCACAGUGGUUAGUACCUACCAAAAGUGAUCCAAGGAAGGACAACCGGUGAACCAGCAAAAGGGUCAUGGCUGCCCAAGGCUCACUGAUGCACAUGGGGAGUGAAGACUAGCCCAUCUGGUCCAUUUCCACAUAUUGCUGAAAAGUUCAUGCUGGCUAUGUUAGAAAGGUGUGAGAACACACAGUGCAUCACAGCUUGUUUGCUGCGUAGCCACAGACCGGUCAGAGUGCCCAUGCUGAACACUUGUCCACUGCUGAAAGUACCUUCAAAUGGACAUGUGCGCAUCAGAACUGGACCAUGGAGCAAUGGAAGAAGGUGUCCUCGUCUGAUGAAUCAUGUUUUCUUUUACUGGAUGUGGAUAGCCAGGGGUGCAUGUGCAUCACUUUCCUGGGGAAGAGAUGGCACCAGGAAGAAGGCAAGCUGGUGGAGGAAGUGUGAUGCUCUGGGCAAUGUUCUGCUGGGAAAACUUGGGUCCUGGCAUUCAUGUGGAUGUUACUUUGACACUUUUCACCUACCUAAUCAUUGUUGCAGACCAAGUACACUCCUUCACGGUGACGGUAUUCCCUAAUGGCAGUGGCCUCUUUCAGCAGGAUAAUGCGCCCUUCCACACUGCAAAAACUGUUCAGGAAUGGUUUGAGGAACAUGACAAAGAGUUUAAGGUGUUGACUCAGCCUCCAAAUUCCCCAGAUCUCAAUCUGAUCGAGCGUCUGUGAGAUGUGCUGGACAAACAAGUCAGAACCAUUGAGGUCCCAUGUCACUACUUGCAGGACUUAAAGGAUCUGCUGCUAACAUCUUAGUGCCAGAUACCACAGCACACCGUCAGAGGUCUUGUGAAGUCCAUGCCUUGACAGGUCAGAGCUGUUUAGGCUUCACAAGGGGGACCUACACAAUAUUAGGCAGGUGCUUUUAAUGUUCUGGCUGAUUGGUGUAAAUUUCUGGUAUGUAUUUUGUAACAUUUGAUGUGGAUUGUAUAUUAUGACAUUCACUGCCUUACCCUCAAGACCACAUCUGUAGAGGCUUUAUUUAUAUUUAUUUAUAUUUAUAUUUUUAUAUGUAAAUUACACAUA